AUGUCCAAGGGGAGCAAGUACCUGCUGGUGUCGCUGCCGACGUCCAUCUCGCCCUCGAACCACGCCGAGGACGCCCUCACAGCGCUGCGCUCCACCGUAACCAAUGACGUGGGGAACACGUCCCCGUUCGCGAUUCCCAACUUCAAGAUCGGAACGCUGGAUGCUCUGGUGCAGCAGGCCGAUGAGCUGUCCAAGCUCAACAAUGCGUGCGAGGCGGUCGUGGCCAAGGUGGGCGACAGCUUGAGGCAGAUACUCGACGGCGACGAGGGCAAGAUACAGCAGCAGAAGACGAUCAACGACAAGCCGGUUGAUCAGUACUUGCGCAACUUCCAGUGGAACAAGGUCAAGUACCGGGCCGACAAGCCCAUUGCAGACCUCAUAGACGCUCUGCAGAAGGAGAUACAAGGUGUCGACAACGACGUCAAGUCCAAGAUGAGCCAGUACAACCAGACAAAGUCCGCCCUCCAGGCCGCCGAGCGCAAACGCACCGGAAACCUCGCGACCAAGUCCCUCGUCAACGUCGUCAACCCCAAAGCCAUAGUCCGCGACUCCGAGUACCUCGACACGCACCUCAUCGCCGUACCCAACAAUAACGUCAAGGACUUCUACAAGGACUACGAGGAGCUAUGUCCCAUGGUGGUUCCCCGCUCCGCCAACGAGCUCGCCAAGGAUGCCGAAUUCACCUUGUUCGCCGUCACGACAUUUAAGAAGCAUUCCACCGAGUUUGUACACAAGUGCAGAGAGAAGCGGUGGACACCGAGAGACUACCAGUACAAGGAGGGCAACAAGGAGGAAGAGGCCAAGGAGGCGGAGCAAUUAGCCAAGGACGAGAAGAAGCUGUGGGGCGAGGCAUUACGGCUAGGAAGAACGGGGUACAGCGAGAGCGCCAUGAUCUGGAUCCAUGUUCUCGCGCUGAGAGUGUUUGUGGAGACGGUGUUGCGAUAUGGCUUGCCGCUUGACUUUGUCGCGGGAAUCGUUCAGACCGAUGCGAAGCAAGCGAAAAAGGCAAAGUCGAAUCUCGAUGGCGCGUACUCAUACCUUGGUGGCAACGCCUUUGGCCGCGAUAGCAAGGGUCGGAUUCAGAAGGACGAUCAGGCGCUGUCGACUGACAUGGCGCAAGCGGGUCAGAUGGGGGAUCAGGAGUACACGGCGUAUGUGUACUAUGAGUUUGAGGUGCUAUAG